AUGGAGGAAACAUUUUUCGAUUUGCCAUUAGAUAGAGAAUUAUACGUACCUAAAAAGUUUUUAAAAAAAGAAAAACGUCCGCUUAGAAUAUUAGUAACGGAUGCCGGAUGUAGAAUAGCUUUUAAUAUUAUUUACGAAAUAUGCAGUGGAAAAGUUUUUGGAAAAGAUCAACCCAUAAUAAUUCAUUUAAUCAAUUCUCGUGGGUCUAUGCAUCAUAAGGCAAUUAUUUUGGAAUUGGAAACCUGCGGUUUUGCCGCUUCCAAAGAUUUUGUUUUGAGUAGCAAUCCGGAAAUAGCUUAUAAAAAUGUAGAUAUUGUUAUUGCAAUUGCCACAUACGAAGAAAUACCAGGGCGAUCAAUAGCAAAUGCUUUGAUAUAUCAACUGAUGAAAGCUCGACAUUUGGCCAUUCACAUUCAAGACUAUGCAAGUAAAAAUGUCAAAGUUAUUUUUGCCGGACCUUCGACCAAAGCUGUCACAACAUUACUCGGAGCAUUUAAAAAAUUUGCUCCAAAUAUUCCAUCUCAAAAUGUAACCUGUGUCACCAUGUUAGACGUGAUAAUUAGCAAAAGUAUGCUCGCAGCAAAAUUAAAAACGACAACUGAUAAAAUAAAAAACGUUAUAAUUUGGGCAAAUACUUUUCCGGAUAUAUGUAAUGCUACUGUUAAUAUGUAUCCACCCAACGAUAUUGGUAAAUGGGAAAUGAAAGAAAUACCCAUACGAGACGCCAUUCAAGAUGACAUAUGGCUUUUUACAACAUUUCCAAUGGCCAUUUAUCAGAGAACAAUGAAAUCGGAAUUGAUUAAAUUUGGUAAAGCGGUAGCCCUUGCUGUUAUCGAACAUUUACAAUGUUUAUUAGACGAAUCCCACGGUAAAACAGAAUAUGUUUCGAUGGGUGUUAUAUCACCGUCAGAAAUAAAAUAUGGAGUACCACCCGAAUGUGGUUUUUCAUUUCCAGUUUCAAUAAAAAACGGUCAUUGGGAAAUAGUAGAUGACGUUAAGUACGACACUGCGACACAUUUAAACAUACUUCGUACGAUUUAUAAUAUAUCUCAUAGCGUUUUAUCAAAUUCAAUUAUGAAAGUCGUUGCUUACAUGAUUAAUUACGAAACAUCUCAAAAACAAAUGUUUAACAUGCGUGAUAAAAGUUUCAUCGAAGAAAUAAUUGACACAAAUUAUUGGAUCACGAGAUACUUUGUUACUCCCAUACCAGCGGAAAACGUAACAAAAGUUGUUAGAGAGAGAAGAAGAGAGUCGAAAAAAUCAAUUGCUUGGGAUGAUGAUUUAAGCCACGAAUUUUUUGCAUUCAUUCCUCUACGUCUAACCGAACGUUAA